UCUUGCACUCCAAGAUGCAGAGUCAUCGUAGCUUGUGCGGCCUGUUUAUCAUUUUUAGUUUUUUUGCGCUAACUGUUCAAGAUGAAGCCAAAACUGAACCGCCUUCGGCAAGUGCACUACCAGCAACACCAGCGCCACUUGCACCACCUGCACCACCUGCACCACCUGCAGCAGCCAAGGAACCUUCUGAGGUCAGUAAGCAGGAGUCUUCAAAUACACCUACCGCAUCAAAGUGCAAGUCCACCGAAGUUCUAUCCGAGACUGGCUGCGUGGAUCGCGAGUUCUUCCUGAACCGGAUCAUCAUGCGAUCCUGGAAAGACGAUGGCUUCGAGAAGGCAAAGGCCAGGGCCGGCCUGGUGGACAAUAUGCAGUGCAAGGGUAACGAGGUCAGGACUCCCUUUGGCUGUUCGAGGCGAUCGUUACCACCGCACAGGGAAAGUAAUCGGGUGGGAGUGCAUCACAGCAGAGUGGAUCACGACCAAGUGGUGAUCUUCUAUUCCGGUUCGAAUGCACGCAGUGUUCGCCACGAAAAUGGCAUGGAAAAGAAAGCACCUUACUCGGGACCUCCCUUUUCCGCGCAUAAUCGUCCCCGAAAGAACUACAUCCUGCCGGGCCGCUUGCUUCGAACUUUUCGUAAAUGUCGACCUUAUGAGACACUCGGAAAAGACGGUCAAUGCCAUCGAAAAAAGGGCAAAAACGGAAAUUACAAACACAAGGAUCACGUAUAUGGACUUCAAAAGAGACACCGCCAUGAAGCACAAAGGGAAACCAGACAGAUUGAGGUGACUACCGAAUAGGUUUGUGUUAGUCUAGUAGCGAAUAAAACAAAAACUUUUGGCCACCUUUUAAUAAUAAAAAUGCUCAACAUUUUGGUCUUAAAAGUUCUUAAUACUCCAAAUCUUCCAAGCUCCAAAUUACUAUCCAUUACGAAUAACCCUCAAAUGUGGCAGCACAUUAAAUGGUCCUUUGCCAUCAAGCCUCUGACAAAUUUAAUUUAAUUUUAUAUUGUAUGUGCUGGGUCGUUUUGUUUUACGACGAACGAGCAACCUCUUUCUUGGGGCCCAUUGAGAGCAAAUAAGUUGCUCGCCUUAAGUCCGAGCCAAUGACAAAGGAUUAAUCAAAACAGAUAGAUGUGUCCUUUAAGGCUCACAAUAUGUUGAAAACAUGGAAGGGGAUUAUGAAUAUAAAAGCUUCAUUAAAUAGGAUUUGCGCCUUUCGGGUUGGCUCUUCUUUUCAAUGGAGGCAACACUUUGAAAUGGCUUCGGCGUAGCAAUAUGGAAGGCUUUGACAUACUAAUUAGUUAACCUCGCACGCCUGUGUGCUCGUGCGUUUUGGCCCACAUUGCUCAUACGCAGCGUUUUACAGACCCUCGGCGCGACAGCUAAGUGGCUGCUGUUUGCUGCGGGCGGCGCCCAAAACAUGAUGAAUAGUUUUGCAAUAAUUACAUUACACGGCAGUUUCACGCUCGGCCCGCCCGAAAGAAAGUCACACGUGGCUGACGCUUGGUUCGAGUGGAAACUCUGGUGACUUCCGUCUACACAGAGACAAUUUUCAUC